CCAGCCAGCUGCUUAGUUACUCCUAAAAUGUCAUCGUUAAUCUUCGUUACCUAGAAUUAAUAUAGAUAGAAAGAGUUAUACGGGGAUUUAUGAUACGAGUCAGUACUUUAUGUACUUUUAUUGAUACUGAACAGUUAAACGUGGGACAGUUAAUGUGGUUACAAAUGGAAACUGUCUUCUUUGAAAGUAUUUUAUUGUAGUGUUCAUAACUCUCCGUUCGACGAGCUAAAAUGGACGCUUUGGUUGACAAUCUAAUAGAAGACGAAGCUGAGAGAGAGGGUCUACUUGCUAAACCCACCUGCUUCAUUAUAUUUGGAAGACCAGGUGUUGGGAAAUCAACCUUGGCCAAAAACAUUGCAGAAUCCUGGAAGUGUAUCCUAAUUGACGAUACUGAUCUGCUCGACACACACAUUAAAAACAAAACUAAGGAAGGAACAGAGCUUCUGAGCAUCUUAUCUGAAGGGAAAAGUAUCCCAGAUGAUGUGGUUUUGCAGCUGAUUCUUGCAAGGCUUAACUUGCCUGAUGUUGAGCACUAUGGCUAUGUGCUGAGCUGCCUGCCAUUUAUAUUGGAGGACUCCCUAAAGAUCUGCAAUCAGAUUAAACUGAUCAGAAACCUCAAGCUAACGCCAGAUUUCAUCAUUAACAUCAAGUGUGCAGACAAGGACCUAGUCCAAAGGCUGUCAGGUCUGAAGCAACAUCCAGUGAGUGGGCAGCUAUACAGCAGGGAUCAGUGGAAACAGGAAGAGGUGUGCAGCAGGAGGGAGAAGGUCAGGGGUCAGGAAGUGGACGAUGACGAGGAGCAGGCUGAGGAGGAAGACCUCUCUAAGGAUAAUAUUGACCAAAUGGUGUGGACACCAGAAAACCUGCCCAGAAAUGCAUUUGCCAGAAUCAACACGUACCAGGACAACCUGCUGAGACCAUUGGAGGACUAUAUGGCAGAACACAACCCCCUCUAUCUUUUAGAGCUGGAUGGAAAUGAUACACUUGAAGAGCUACACUUGUCUGUGAUGACUCGUCUUGAAACUAUGGCUAUAAAGCGUGUCGCUGUUCCAAUCCUCCUCAGUCAAUAUGUUGAUGAAGAACUCCCCGACACCAUUGACACGGAAUACCUUCUGAGAUUUAUGUCCACCAUCAGAACCGCGGCCCCUGGCUUUGGGUGGAGAAGAAGCCGCUGGGGUAGAACUUGUCCUGUUGCUCUGAAGGAGGGCAAGAUUAUUCCAGGAAAGCCAGAAUUGUCUGUGGGCUUCCAGGACAAGCUGUACAUACUUUCAUCUCAGGAGGCCUACCAGAAGUUUGUCACAAAUCCACGCAGGUAUCUACUGCCUCCAAUUCCAAGGCCCCCUUGCAGGGUUUCCAUCAUUGGCCCUUCUCAGGCUGGAAAGAGCACCAUGUGCAGUCUUCUGGCUCGACACUAUGGUGCAGUGGAUCUCAACUUAGAGGAGCUGUCACGGCCUCUUCUAGCCAAGGCUGAACUGGAAAGGCUUGAUAAAAUCAAAGAGGAGACUACACAAGCUGCUAUAGCGAAACUCAAAAUGAAGAUGGAGCAAGAUGGUGAAAAAACUUUGGUGGCAGAGGAUCAUCCAGACGUUGGGGCCCUGGUGCCUGAUGGUGUUGAGGAAGCCAAACAAAUGAGCCCAUCUCCCAUUGAAAUGUAUGCUGAUGUGCUGAAGAAGCACAUAAAAGAGAUUGAGGUGAUGGACUCCAAUGCCAAUGCCAGAACUGGAUGGGUGCUUGACAACUUUCCCAAGAACCUUUCCGAAAUGGAUGUCUUAGCACAAACUGGAAUCCUGCCGGACACAAUCAUCUGUCUGAGAGACAGCGAUAGACAUCAGGCAGUUUUGAAGAGAGUUUAUGAGAAGAAUAAGGAAAAAGUGAACAAAGCCAUCGAGAAGAGAUUACAGGACGAACUGUCUCAGAGAAACAAAAAAGACUUAAAUCAAAAGGAGCAGGAAUCAGAGACACAGUCAAACCUAGAGAUGGUUGUUGAGGAGGCAGAUGCACUACCGGAUGAUUUGGAUUUGGGCUAUCCCAACAUUCCGGAGAUGAAAGAGUAUGAAGAGCAAAUCCAGCUGUUUGAGGGGGAAUGGGAGCACAUGCAGCCCAGUUUAACAGUUAACAACUUCAGCCUCGAAAUUGGGAGUAAGAGCCCUGAGGACUUGCUUCUAGAAAUCGUCCAAAACAUGGAGAAACCAUUUCAGUAUGUGGCUUGGGAGCUGUCUACGUUUGACCUGGAUGAGGAGGAAGAACAUACUGAGGCCUUAGCUGCAUUUGAGAGAGAAGAGGAAGAUAGCAGUGACAAUAAAACAGAAAAGGAAGACGAUGAGUGGGAAUCAACCAUUCAAAGGUUGUUAGGCGAUACCAAGCAUUUCUGCCCUGUUGCCUUACAAAACAACAAUGUCCUUUGGCCGUCUACUGACAACAUUUCUGCCAAGUACCGCGAACGGACUUAUUACUUCUCCACCCUAGAGGCAAGAGAGUCCUUCCUCCAAAAUCCUGCACAAUUUGUUGCACAAAGAGAGCCCCUUCAGCCUCCUGCCUUGCGAAUCUUUUUGCUUGGCACUAGGGGGUCAGGCAAGUCAACUCAUGGUGAAUGGCUUGCACAGAAACUUGGGCUAUUCCAUAUUCAGUUCAGAGAGCAACUCCAAAUGCAGAUCAUAGCCAAGACAAGUAAGCUGGUUCCUCGUGCUGAUGAGAUUGUGCUCCUCGAGAGUGACUUGGAGCAUCUGGCGACCCUAAUAAAGGAAGAAAUGCUGGGAGACGAUAAGGAAGUGGAAAAUACGUCUAGCAACAUGAGCAACAUUGAGGAGGAGGUUAUGACUAAUGAAGAAUUAGCCAUCAAAGCCUACCUAUCCCAUGGAGAGGCACUAAGUCCACAUAUUUUGGAUAUGAUUGUUUCACCUUACUUUAAAGAAGAACCAUACAUGUCUACAGGUUUCAUUUUGGAGGGCUUCCCCGAAGAUCCUGAGCAGGUGGAGUACAUGUUGGAGCGACAGUUGUUCCCUGAUGUUGUUGUUGUCCUGGAAGUUGAAGCUACAGAUGUCCAAAAGCGCUUGUUGCCAACCUACCUUGAGAAGUGGCGUGACCUCUACAGCAAGUAUGAAGAACAGUUAAAACUUCUGCGUCAUCUGCGCAAAAUAAAUCGAGAGGAAAAGAUUUCUAAGAGAAGGGCUGAGCUCAUGGAAGAGCAAGGCACUAAUGAAUCCAGAUUCACAAUGAGAAAAGAUGAUGAAGAUGAGGAUGAGGAUGAGAACAACAUAAAGGAUGAAAUAGAGGCUGUGCUGGAGGUGGAAUUUCCUGAAGAAGACAAACUUGAGGAAAUGGAAAAUGAGGAGACCGAAAAUGCAGCGGUUGAGAGGAUCCAGGAGGAAAUACAAGACCGUUUUGAAAAAGAUGCAACUAACCUUGUCACUGUUGCGGAACUGCUCAGUGGAAAUAACUUACCCAAACUGGUAUUCAACACAUCUCGCAAGCUCAGGAUAAUCCAGUAUGAUCUGCUCCAGAAAAUCCAGCCCCUGGUGGCGAACAGGGAGUCCCUUUUCCAAACAAGCCAGCCCACCUCAUGCAAACUUGCACAAAAGCUGCUGCUCUCCUCCUAUAAGCUUCACAGUGCCUUUGGCUGUUGGGACCCUGUCCAGCGAUACAAAGAGAAGGACACCAUUCAGCCAAUACAGUGGCCUCUCAACACUACAUAUCCUCUGCUCCUCAGCCAAUAUAUCUACUUUUUUGGGUCAAAGGAAAACCGCAACACAUUUAUGCUAAACCCUUUAAAAUACCUUCGACAGCCAAAGCCCACACCUACCCUCCCAGUAAAAAUAGCAGUGGCUGGACCUCCGAAGUCUGGAAAAACCACUGUGGCGCAAAUGUUUGCUGAAAAAUAUGGUUUGGCUCGGCUUUCCAUUGGAGCAGCUAUGCGUAUGGUGUUGAACUAUAAAAAGCACACGGAUCUGGCUGUCCAGAUGAGAAGGUAUCUCACACAGGGCCUGGUUUUGCCUGAUGAGCUGGCUAUUCAGUGUCUGGAAGUGGCCCUCCUUAGCUCAGUGUGCAGCAUUCGAGGAUAUGUACUGGAUGGCUUUCCGAUGACUCUUAAACAGGCAGAACUCAUGGAGGAUCGGAGCAUCAUUCCCAUGAUAGUAUUUGAGCUUGAUCUGGAGACAGUGGAGAUUCUUAAGAGAGGGCUUGUUGACAAGAUGAACCCCAGCAAGCCUUACCUGAUGCAUGACAGCUCUGAGAUCCUGCACAGUUGGGAUUGUUCUUACAGGAAAGAAGUUGGACUUGUUAAGAAAUGCUUCCAGGAACAGCAUCAGAACUGGUUCGCAGUCGAUGGCUUGAAAAGCAAAUGGUGGAUCUGGAAAAAUAUUUUAGGAGAAGUCAACAUCAGCAUGAAAUGCAUGCAUUCUUACCUGGAGAGAAGACAAAGUGGGAAAGCUGCCUGCAUAAACAGGCUGUGCAUCACACCCAAAGAGCUUGAAUGUCGCCUUGGAGAGUUUGGCCAUUACUGUCCUGUGUGCCUGGCCCUACAUCACCACCUAGUGGAUUGCUCAGAAACUGCAGCCUUGACUAAUGCUGCUGAGUACAAAAGGCAUUAUUAUCGAUUAUGUGGUGAAAACCAUCUAGAGAAUUUCCUCUCAACUCCUGACGAGUUUGUGGCACCUUGUUGUCCACAAAACCUCCCACAGCCCCACCUACUGCCAAGAAAGCUGACAGAGUUCCCGGUGAAAAACGAAUUCCCAAAGCAGGCUGAAAUGAAGAGCUUUUGUCCUGUCACUUACAAAGAAGGAAAGCAGAGGUAUGAAGCAUUGGUUCGGGGAAAAAUGGAAUAUGCAGUGGAAUACAAGGGAAAACUCUACACUUUCGAGACAAAGCAGAAACAGGAUAUGUUUUUGAGGACGCCUGAAACCUAUUGGGACCAAAAGCUGCCCUGCAAGGUUCCUCCACUUUGUGAGCCUGUUCCCCUCACCUCCCUUCCAACACUGGGCUACCUGGAACAGGGAGUGGCAGUAGCAGUGAUUAAAGCCAUGACAGCUGCUGGGUCUCUCAGGCCAAAGCACCCUUUUGUCAGUAUAACAAGAUCAGCUCUUCUAUAUGUGGCCUUUUAUUUGAAAGCUUUUAACCCCAAGGGCACAGACUAUACUCGGCAAAAGUACAAGAAGAAGCUUGCAUCAUUCGAAGAGAACAGUGAGCUCAUUCCGUACCUGAGUUCAGCAAUGAGAGGGACCUACAAACCUCCCGGUGAACGUACCAUAGAUUUUGAUUUUAAACUGAAGAGGUUUCUGGAACUGGGAGCCAGUGGUGCUCUGUAGCUACACCUUUUCCAUUCUUUUCAGCACCGUCAGCAACAGUGUUGUACUGUGUGUGUGUGUGUUUGUGUUUCAACAAAACAGUGUAAAAUUUUAAAUGUGUAACUUCUUAAAAACUGUAAUUAAUGUGUAAUAAAUCAUAUUUCUCCUUAAACAAAAAUA